AUGGGGGAAGGGAAAGAGAUAGUGCAGGUCAGGGAAAACCCCAUAGACGCUGUGGGACAGCAAUGGCCUCAACCGCCGCAACGUACACAGUCGGUUGCUACACAAUUCCGAGAGGUAAUCGAGCCGGCCGAUCACAUCAAGCAUUCAACACAGGGCUCAACGAGCACGCUUGAGAGCACAAGACCUUGCUACAAGGCGAAGCCCAGCGAGAGGGUAUCGACCUUACAAGGCCUCAAACAUGAAGUAAUGGUGAACUAUCUAUACCAAAAGCAGGCCACAAGGUUGUGGGCUGGUCAAACUGAGGACGAAGGUGUGGUGUUGAGACGCGGAAGGGGUGAAUAUCUAGCAUGCCCGUCACAAGUCUUGAACUCCGCCUUUGGCAGAGCCUGCUUGGAGCUGAACUUGCCCAGUGCGAUGACCGUGAGGUCAAGGACAAUCGAGACUUUGCUAGCCUCUUCGCGCGGGGUUCAAGAUAUUCCGUUACAAGCAGGCCUGCGUAUGCAGGUUGUCCAAAACAUGGCAGAUCUUGCGAAGGCACGAACAGCACAAUGCGGUGCCUUCAUUGCCGAUCUAGGGCUUUUGGUUGUGUGGGAUGACGACCCUAACAACCUGAUCAACCGAGCCACUGAUAUAGAAGAACAAACGCGUGAGAUCAUCUGGCAGAUGAACGAAGCCGAUCAGGAUGAGUUUUAUGACACAAUGUACAACAACAAAAUGAUGGCCAUGGAUGACGAAGCUCAGGUUGCGGCACCCCAAGAACGACCAACACACUUACUGAACACUAUUCUUGUGGCUUUUUGUCUCAUUAUCGUUAUAGUGCUGAUUGGGCUUGCUGCUCGUUCACUGGCCACAGAGAUUGCAGUCGAUAAGUCCUACAUCCGUCUGGCAGUCUUGGCCUUGAUUCCUGUCCAAGUCUUUUUCACACUUUUUUUCGCUCAGGUUAUCGUCGGCUGCAUCUCUCAAUGCUGUGGACCAAUACGACAGAUGCAAACGAAUUCCAAGUUUUACUCUGCAGUGAAGUCCCCGAGACUGCGGUCGAAUCUUCCUCAUGUUACAAUCCAAUGCCCUGUCUACAAAGAGGGUCUUUCUUCCGUUAUCGCUCCUACAGUCAAAUCCAUUAAACAAGCUAUUUCGACGUACGAACUGCAAGGUGGUUCCGCCAAUAUUCUCAUCAACGAUGAUGGCAUGCAGAUCAUCGAUGAAGCUGAACGAGAAGCGCGGAAGGAAUUCUAUGCCGACAACAAUAUCGGCUGGACUGCUCGACCGAAACACGGAAGCGAGGGCUUCCUACGUCGUGGAAAGUUCAAGAAAGCAUCGAAUAUGAACUAUGGUCUAAUGCUGUCGUGUAAUGUGGAAGAGAAACUUCUACGAUACGAGCGCCGACCAGGCUGGAACCAGAACCAGGAGGAUCAAGCAUAUUCCGCUUGCUUGCAGGAAGUCUUAGAGGAGAACCCUCGUGCCUGGUCCGCUGGUAACAUCCGUGUGGGUGAUUACAUCUUGCUGAUCGACAGCGACACGAGAGUGCCGUCCGACUGCCUGCUAGAUGCCGCCUCCGAGAUGGAACAGUCUCCGAACGUGGGAAUUAUGCAAUUCAGCUCUGGAGUGAUGCAAGUGGUGAACACUUUUUUCGAAAACGGCAUUACAUUCUUUACCAAUAUGAUUUACACAGCUAUCAAAUACACUGUCUCAAACGGGGAUGUCGCACCUUUUGUUGGACACAACGCCAUUUUACGUUGGAGCGCCAUUCAGCAAGUCAGCUACAUGGACGAGGACGGCUAUGAAAAAUUCUGGUCAGAGUCUCAUGUGUCUGAGGAUUUCGACAUGUCGCUCCGACUUCAGUGCGACGGCUAUAUCAUUCGACUCGCUGCCUGGGCAGGAGAAGGCUUCAAGGAAGGCGUCUCACUGACUGUCUACGAUGAGCUUGCUCGAUGGGAGAAGUACGCAUAUGGUUGUAACGAGUUACUGUUUCACCCUAUCAGGAAGUGGAUUUACAAAGGACCAUUUACACCCUUAUUCAGACGAUUUCUGUUCAGCAACAUCAGAUUCACCUCGAAGAUUACCAUUGUCUCAUACAUUGGUACAUACUAUGCCAUUGGCGCAGCCUGGAUCAUGACACUUGCCAACUAUUUCGCUAUUGGCUGGUUUAAUGGCUACCUCGACAAAUACUACAUCGACUCCUGGAAAGUAUGGGUAUCCAUAAUCGUCGUCUUCAACGGCCUAGGAAACUUCGCUUUAGCCGUCAUGCGCUACCGCAUCUCCGAAAGAUCCUUCUUCGGCGCCUUCCUCGAAAACAUCAAAUGGAUUCCUCUCCUAUCCAUCUUCCUCGGCGGUCUAUCACUACACGUCUCCAGCGCCCUGCUCGCGCACAUGUUCGAGAUCGACAUGACCUGGGGUGCGACAUCGAAAGAGGCCGAAUUCUCCAAUUUCUUCAUCGAGGUUCCCAAGGUACUCAAACGGUUCAAGUGGAGUAUUGCCUUUGCACUGCUAAGCAUAGUGACGAUGGUGAUCUUUGCGUGCGCGGACUUUGUCCCCUGGAGUUGGAGGAUCAAGGACUUUAUUGCGAUACUUCCGAUGAGCACGGUCGCUGGUAGUCAUCUGUUGAUGCCUAUCGUGCUGAAUCCUGCGUUGAUGACUUUCACGUUUUAG